UAAUACACACUGAUCAUCUUUUGCUCUCUUAGAUUGCAUUGAUAAGAGAAAGAUUUGAUCUUUAGCUCAGUUUAGGAGGGAAAAAAGAAUUUGUAAAGAAUUCCAAUUUGGUUAGCAAAAUUCCAUUUCACAGAUACAGAGACAGCAGAGAAGAGAGGCCGUGACUCUUCGAAGUGUUUAGGUGCUUAUAUUAACACACCCUUUCACAAGCUCUAUGACCUCAUUUGAGGAGACGAGAAUUAAGGAAAGAGGGAGAAAGAGAGAGAGCAGAGAAACAAUGUUUGCAGCAGAGAAUGGACUCAAAGGUGACCCAAGACUACAAGGCAUCUCUGAAGCUAUUAGGGUGGUGCCUCACUUCCCUAAACCAGGGAUAAUGUUUCAGGAUAUAACGACUUUGUUGCUGGAUCACAAGGCUUUUAAGGACACAGUGGAUAUCUUUGUUGAUCGCUAUAGAGACAUGGGCAUUUCUGUUGUUGCUGGAGUUGAAGCUAGAGGUUUCAUGUUUGGCCCAGCAAUUGCUUUAGCUAUUGGUGCAAAGUUUGUUCCUUUAAGAAAACCCAGAAAGUUGCCAGGCGAAGUGAUUGCUGAAGCAUACGAGCUGGAAUAUGGAACUGAUUGUCUAGAAAUGCAUGUUGGUGCUGUUGAGCCUGGCGAGCGUGCAAUUGUAAUAGAUGAUCUGGUAGCUACAGGGGGGACCUUGUCAGCAGCAAUAAGACUCUUGGAACGGAUGGAAGCUGAAGUGGUUGAGUGUGCAUGUGUCAUUGGAUUGCGGGAGGUCAAGGGACAGUGCAGGCUCAAUGGCAAGCCACUUUAUAUCCUUGUGGAGCCACGCCAGAUUGAUAAUUGUUGUUAAGGACAGGUCUUUUGAGUAUGAAUAUGCUCAGGCUGGGGCUGGGGCUGGCUUAGCUGAAAAAGAUGACGCUUGAGCCAACGGGGAUGAUGUGUUGAUAUGUUUUUCUGCCGAGUUAACGCUGCCGCUGCUGGGCAUGACCAUCACAAUGGUCAUCCUGUAUCAUUCUUUUCCUAGUGGGAUCUUGAAUCAUUUUUAGGCUGUUAUGACAGUUUUGAGAAAAAGAAAGUCAUGAAUGAAAAGACUCGUUUAGAUAUUGUUGAUUAA